CUUCCUCUACACGCACGUGCUUUUUGUCACAUUCUUCCACUGCUCUGCGCAUGCGCGCUGGCAGCAGCGUCAUCAUCACCAUCUUCACCAUCACCGCGUCCCAGAAGUUCAGUCCAGUCUCCAUGGUGGUACCCCGAGCUGCUGCUGCUGCAUAGCCCGGUGAGAGAACACACGGACAGCCGAACCGAACCGAACCGAACCGAGCCUCCUCUUCUACUACUACCGGACAACACGAUUUUCUGAUCCCAGCACACCUGGUACCAGUUUUUCUUCUCCUCUAAACUGAGAACUUCGUCUCCUUCCUCGUCUUCCUCGUGAGCAGACAUGCCUCCAGCGAUUGGCGGGCCCGUGGGGUACACCCCCCCUGAAGGUGGCUGGGGCUGGGCGGUGGUCGUGGGGGCCUUCAUCUCCAUCGGCUUCUCCUACGCCUUCCCCAAAUCCAUCACCGUGUUCUUCAAAGAGAUAGAGGUCAUCUUCGACGCCACACCCAGUCAGGUGUCUUGGAUCUCCUCCAUCAUGCUGGCUGUCAUGUACGCAGGAGGUCCAAUCAGCAGCAUCCUCGUGAACAAAUUUGGCAGCCGGCCGAUCAUCAUGGUCGGUGGCUGUCUGGCGGGGUCGGGACUUAUCGCGGCCUCCUUCUGUAACACGGUGGAGCAGCUGUACUUCUUCAUCGGAGUCGUAGGAGGUCUGGGCCUGGCGUUCAACUUGAAUCCAGCCCUCACUAUGAUCGGUAAAUACUUCUACAAGCGUCGGCCCAUCGCCAACGGCAUCGCCAUGGCGGGCAGCCCCGUGUUUCUGUCCACGCUGGCUCCUCUCAACUCCUGGAUGUACGACACGUUUGGCUGGAGAGGCAGCUUCCUCAUCCUGGGAGGACUUCUGCUCAACUGCUGCGUGGCCGGCUCGCUCAUGCGUCCCAUCGGACCCAAACCUCAGCCGGCCAAGGCCGACUCUGAGGCGGGCGAAGCCAAGGCGGCCGUUUCAGUACAGCCGCAGGAGAAAAAGACGGUCCUGCAGACCAUCAACUCCUUCAUCGACCUGACGCUGUUCAAACACCGUGGCUUCCUGCUGUACCUGAGCGGCAACGUCAUCAUGUUCUUCGGCCUCUUCGCGCCGCUCGUCUUCCUCUCCAACUACGCCAAGAGUAAAGAUAUCAGCAAAGACAAGGCGGCCUUCCUGCUGUCCGUGCUGGCGUUCGUUGACAUGUUCGCCCGGCCCUCCAUGGGCAUGCUCGCCAACACCAAGUGGGUCCGGCCGAGGGUGCAGUACUUCUUCGCCGCCGCCGUCCUCUACAACGGCGUGUGUCACGUGCUGGCACCACUGUCGGUCGACUACACGGGAUUCGUGGUCUACGCCAUCUUCUUCGGCUUCGCUUUCGGCUGGCUGAGCGCGGUGCUGUUCGAGACCCUGAUGGACCUGGUGGGAGCGCAGAGGUUCUCCUCAGCUGUCGGUUUGGUCACGAUAGUGGAGUGUGGGCCGGUGCUGCUGGGUCCACCGCUAACAGGUUCAUUCUAUACCACCUACAAAAACUACGACUACACCUACAUCUCCUCCGGCAUCAUCCUCAUCGUCGCGAGCGUGGUCCUCUUCAUCGGGAUGGGUAUCAACUACCGCCUGCUGGACCGCGAGAGGAAAGAGGAGGAGAGGAAAGAGAAGGUGGAGAACAAGGAGGAGCGCGCCGCCAUGCUGGCGCCUCCCUCCCCGACCAAAUCGGCCGACGAGGCGGAGGAGAACAACGUGUCUCCCGCCGUCACGAUGGACGAGGUCGCCAAGAUGGACGAGGACACGGUGUAAAAGACUUCCAAAAAACUAAACAAAAAAAAAAGGGACUUGAGAAACGGCGCGCACACACACCGCAUCACACACUUCACACACGGAGUUGCAGUACAACCACAUACACACCGUCUUUCUACAGAGAUCAUACCCUGAAGCAAUAGAAACCUGCUGCUGUGACCACGCUGCAGCUUCUCGCCGCGUUGACACCUCCGCUUUCGGUAUCUGACGUGCCUUCGGUAAACUCAAGUCCUCCAGGAGCAUGAACGCCAGAUUAGACGCACAACAGACAGAGUGACUGUAAAGGUAGAGAUCCAGUAAACUCAUGAGGACUUUACUCUCAGGGUGUUGAGCUGUCGUAAAGGUUCAGAACCUCACGCGUAAACACACACACACACACACGACUCUGAAUCUUGGAGACAAACUUUUUUUGUUGUGGUACUUAGAGAUUUUCCCGCACACAUACCACAUACGCACACUUGUGUCGCUUCACUCUUCAAGGGCUGGACAUUAAAUUCAAAUGUUAACGUGAGGACACGUUGUUAGAGCGUGGAGACGUUUCCGUGUCGUUACGCAGAGCGGGAGAACAAAAAGACUCGAGAUACUUGAGAUAGGUAACAGAAGAAGAGGUCACACUGCUAACAGUGUCGAGGACGCUGUUGUUAGUGUGCUUGUACAUAAAUACGUGUGUGUGUCAUCUUGUAUCAUACACCCUCCGACCAGAGCAGCUCAUCGGUUGUGACGCUCCUCCGCCCAUCGCCGCUGUAUUAAAACGACACCACAUGCGGCUGCGAUUAUAACAAGUCGAUGGCUUUACCAAGUGUGUGUGUGUGUGUGUGUGUGUGUGUGUGUGUGUGUGUGGUGUGUGCGUGCACACGCGUGCUUACAUCUCACGCCAUCGUAAAAUUUUUGGGAUUCUCGGGCGGUCCCCUCUUAGUGUUUUUAAUUGUGAAUAACACCUUGUAGUUUACAAACCUUUGUAAUUAAAAGAGAUCUAUUUUAGCUCACUGUAAAUUGACAAUCUGACAGUAAGUAAUCUUUUUAAUGAACGUAUGAAGUGAGAGUGGUGUGUGUGUGUGAGUGUGUGUGUGAGAAAAUAGUCGUUUCACUUGUUUGAAACGGUGCCGCUGCAGUAUCUACGGUCUCUAAGCUGCGUCGAGCGUUUCCUGUCAGAUCCACGAUGUUUCAUAUCGAUCAGCUGACGUCUGUCGGAGAAGCUUUGGUCUGCGUUCAGACCAGAGGAAAAAAACAAAAGACGGAUUCGGCCUCGAUAAACGUUUAUUUUCUCUUCUGGGAAAAUAAAUGAAGGGUUUUAAACAAUUCACCAUUUAGUAUGAAUGUUUUUAACUUUUAUCGUUUGUGCAACGAUGACGACGAGUCGUCGUUUUUGAAGGAUGCUUCACCGUUUUCUGCUCCAUGCUUGUCAUUUAAAGAUUCAGACUGAUGAUUUGUUGUCUGCCCUGAGCGCUAGAAACAUUAUGUGUAAAAGAUGUUUCUUUUUGUCAACAAAACCCCUGAAAAGACCAACAAUGACUCGAAGUGUUGUCAGCGUGGACAAUGCCUGACUGUGUCAUAGAGCUCCAUUGUUGCUGAAAAACUAUGGCGCUGUCCCUCGUUUAUUCAUUCAUUACUCCUUAUGUAACAGACGGGAAAUAGUUUCUCUGUGACGAGAAGUAAAGUCGACAGUCCCUCCUCUUCCUGUGUGCCACAUGGGACUUUUAUUUUGGAGUUUGUCAAUUUUAAAGAUAAUUUUGCAAGUCAAAAAAAUCACAGUUUGUCUAAAGAAAGUAAAGUAACGUUCAGGCACAAUAAUUUCCGCCUGGGAUUAUUAAAAUAUUUCUGAUUCUGGUAUUACUCUGUUCUCCCAGAAUGAGGAAAAAAGUAUUAAAAGAUGUAAAAAUCAUUUUAAAUCUGGACGUGUUAAGAGCUACUAGAAGUUACAAGUUCUAUAAAAGCUCAAAAAGUUUGUGAAGAGAGAAAGUCUCUUUAACUUUAGCUGUGUGGUCUUGAUAAAUGCGGAUUUCCAGUCUUACAUUUUAACAUUUUUACAACUUUUCUUGCAAAAUCAUCUUUUAAAUUGAUCACACGUGUGCUUGAUGUCACAGUUCAAACAGGAUUAAAACAUCACUGACUACCAAACAUAUCGUUUUCCAAAUUAAGGCUCCACCUUCACCUUUCUAUCAACAGAGUGAUCCCAGGUACGGCCAGUUAAACACUGUAGUUUACUUGGACUCAGUCCUGCCCCUGUAAGUACUCACUAAUGUGUAUUUUUUCUCCUGUUUGAGUAACAUUUGAGAAAAAAGUUCCCAGCUGCUUUAGGAAAUAUUUUAUAAAUCUGUGACCCGAAGGAUUCACAGAACAAAUAGGAACCACAGACGAGGUACGAGGCCAGACAGUAUUGAUAGACGGACUAGUACAUUGUUGGAUUUAAUGUUUUCAUGGGAUUUGUUGACAGUAAUAUU